AUGUCUAAUCGAUCCUCAGAGCUCAACCUUCCCCCGUCCCUCCAGAACCUCUACCAAAAACAACAAGAGUAUGCCGGCCUUCAAGCCCUCCGGGAAGCCUCUGGGGACUUGGUGGCCAGAGCUGAAAAGCUGUCAGAGAUGAGCAACAUCAUGGCGGAUGGUGGCGAGGCUAUCGGAGGGGUUCUGAGAAACUGGCCCCAUGUUUUUUCAAUCCUAAAUCUGUUUGCCACACAGAUGGAUCAGAAACCCGACUCUUCUCGCACGGAAGAAGACGAGCAAGAUCCCAUUCCGUGUCUUGUACGUCUACCGUACGGAGGCGAAACUACUUCUGCGGGCGCUACAAGCUCAGAGGGGAAAGAUAAGGCCAAGCAAUGA